UCUGGCUUGAGUCUCUCAACGAUUUCCAGAAUUGCGCUUUCGAUCUCUUGAUCAGGUUCUCCGAUAUUUCUUCAGCAGCGCAGCAUCCUCCUUCUGUGGUUCUAGAAGUCUAAAUCCAGCAAAUUACAUGGUUGAAGUAGAAUUCGAGCUUCCAACUGCUUUUGACCCAUUCGCUGAGGGCAAGGACUCGGGUGCCCCUGGGGCAAAAGAGUAUGUUCACAUCCGCAUCCAGCAAAGGAAUGGAAAGAAGAGCUUGACUACUGUGCAGGGGCUGAAGAAAGAAUUCAGCUACGAGAAGAUCCUCAAGGAUCUGAAGAAGGAGUUCUGUUGUAAUGGGAAUGUUGUCCAUGACAAGGAGCUUGGAAAAAUCAUUCAGCUGCAAGGCGAUCAGCGGAAGAACGUCUCCCAGUUUCUGGUCCAGGCCGGCCUCGUGAAGAAAGACCAGAUCAAGAUCCAUGGUUUUUAAGGUAGGCCCCGGGUUCAUGAUUGGUCACGGUUUUGUGUGCCUACUACUAUGGUAACUGGAGGUGCUUUUGCUUUUAUGUGGGUUCUGUAGAGUCAAUAAUCUGGUGGCUUUGACUGCUGGAGAAGGUUGUGUUUUUUUCCUCCUUUUGGUUUCU